CCGGAGGAGGGAAAAGCUCGCAGCUUUCUCUCUAAUGGCGGGGUUCUAGAGUGUUGUUUGUAUCAGACUUUUGAGUAUCAACUCUUCAUCAAUCUUGUGAAAAUUUAGUGUUCCAGCAAUGCCUGGAAUUAUAGUGGAUGGUGUUGAUGGGAAUGAGGCAUUGAAUGGGUCUGAAACUUCACAUAUGAAAGAGAAUUUAUCCUUGCCCAAGUCCUCCCAGAGUCCUCAAAGUGAAGGGAUUGACCUACCAGUGGAGGGUUGUGUGAAUACAUCCAUAGAACAGCUUUAUGACAAUGUAUGUGAACUAGAGAGCUCAGGUGAUGGGUCACCUUCACAAGACAGCUAUGGAUCUGAUGGUGAUGAAUCAAGGAUCGAUUCGGAGUUGCGUCAUCUUGUCGGUGGGGACAUGAAGGUUGGGGAGAUAGUGGAAGAUGAAGAAGAAGUCAGUACAAAUGUGGUGGUUGUAGAUGCUGGAAAUGGGUCAUCAAGUUUGAAGUCUGAGAAAGGAAACAAGAUCCAAUCUCCCAGCAAGUCGUCCAUAUCAUCAAAGAAGUCAAAGAGGGCCAAUCGAUCACAGCUAGAGUCUGAUUCUUCAACAAGAGCCAGUCCAAAAAGCAAGGUGUCCCAUGGAAAAGCUGAUAGCAUUGUGAGCAAGAGAGGAAUCAAUCAUGUAAAGAAACAAGAAAAUUCUUCACCGGGAGAGGAUAAAUUACAGAAUGGGAAUGAGAAUUCAUUGGAAGAAGGACUUGAGAAUAAAGAUCUUGGCUCUUAUUGGCUUAAGCAUGCAAGGGAGUUGAUUUCAUCAGAUAAUCCGCGGAGGGCCCUGAAGUAUGCAUUGAAAGCAGUAAAAUCUUUUGAAAAACGGACGGCCGGGAAACCAAGUUUGGAUCUAGUAAUGAGUUUGCAUGUUGUGGCUGCAAUACAUUGCAGUUUAGGACAGUAUGGGCAGGCUAUCCCUGUUCUUGAACAAUCAAUUGACAUUCCUGUAUUGGAACAAGGGCAGGAUCAUGCUCUUGCUAAAUUCUCCGGAUGCAUGCAAUUGGGUGAUACUUUUGCCAUGCUGGGGCAGGUGGAGAGUUCUUUGCAGUGUUACAGCAAUGGCUUAGACAUUCAGAAGCAGACUUUGGGUGAUAUGGAUCCAAGAGUUGGUGAAACUUGUCGGUAUCUCGCUGAAGCUCAUGUGCAAGCGCUGCAGUUUGACGAGGCAGAGAAGUUGUGUCAAAUGGCCCUCGACAUACACAAAGAGAAUGGUGCUCCAUCAUCUCUUGAUGAAACUGCAGACAGGAGGCUAAUGGGUCUUAUUUGUGAUACAAAGGGUGAUCAUGAAGCAGCUCUUGAGCAUCUGGUCUUGGCCAGCAUGGCUAUGGCAUCAAAUGGCCAAGAAAUAGAUGUUGCUUCUGUGGAUUGCAGCAUAGGAGAUGCUUAUUUAGCUUUGGCUCGAUACGAUGAGGCCAUCUUUGCAUAUCAAAAAGCGGCAACCAUUUUCAAGUCCAUUAAAGGGGAAAGCCAUCCAACUGUUGCUUCUGUGUUUGUCCGUCUUGCUGAUUUGUAUCUUAAGAUAGGGAAGCUCAAGGAAUCCCGGUCUUACUGUGAGAAUGCCCUUAAGAUAUACGGAAGGCCUCUCCCAGGAACCACACCAGAGGAAAUUGCUAGUGGUCUCACCGAUGUUUCUGCCUUGUAUGAAUCUAUGAAUGAGCAUGAGGAAGCACUGAAAUUGCUGAAAAGGGCCUUAAAGAUAUAUAACAAUGCUCCUGGUCAGCAGAAUACAAUUGCUGGUAUUGAGGCACAGAUGGGGGUCCUAUACUAUAUCAGAGGGAAUUACACCGAGUCUUAUGCCUCUUUCAAGAAUGCAGUCACAAAAUUACGGGCAUGUGGGGAGAAAAAGUCUGCUUUCUUCGGCAUUGCUUUGAACCAGAUGGGAUUAGCUUGUGUACAGAGGUAUGCGAUAAAUGAAGCUGCCGAUCUCUUUGAGGAAGCCCGGGUCAUACUAGAACAUGAGUAUGGACCGUAUCAUCCAGACACUCUCGGAGUCUACAGCAAUCUUGCUGGAACAUAUGAUGCAAUGGGAAGAUUAGAUGAAGCCAUUGAGAUCUUGGAAUAUGUUGUGGGUAUAAGGGAAGAGAAACUUGGGACUGCCAACCCAGAUGUAGAUGAUGAAAAGAGAAGGUUGGGUGAGUUGUUAAAAGAAGCUGGCAGGGUUAGGAACAGGAAAGCCAGAUCACUUGAAGCUCUUCUUGACAACAACCCUCAUAUAAUAAAGAAGGAUGCCAUCACUGCAUCAUUCCUGUCAUGAAGCUUGAAAUUUAUGUAGAAUAAGGAGGUGGUUGUUCCUUGUACUUUGGAGGAUGGGGAAAGUUAAAGAAAGUGAUCAAUGAUUCAUGUUGUUUAUAUUUGUGUUUAUUCACAGAGAUUAUAUUAUUGGUUCAAUGAUUGUUUUAUUUGAGUUGAAGGGACAUUCUUGUAAUUGUCAUUGAUGGUUAAGAACAACAACCCCUUUGUUUUUUGCAUCCA